GCGAGAGGUCAAAGUGCAAUAAAGUUUCUAAAGUUUUAAACUUGCAGAUUUUCAAAAAGGCCAAUAACUUUGUUGUUACUUCGCAAAAAUGUGUGCUUUGAGGAUAUUUAGUAGGGAAAUAAUACGGACUAGAAGCCUACUGCAAAAAACCACAUGCCAAACGGAUUUGUUAAUGAAUAAAUCGAAUAUUCCUGUAAAUGCUCACAGAACUUUAUCAACAGUGAAUUAUGAUGCCGAUAAUAAGAUUUGGAAGAGCCCAUAUCCAAACAUUGCAAUACCAGACAACGUACCAUUUGUGCAUUAUUUACUACAGGAGUUCAAACAGUAUGGGGAUCAGGUCGCUAUGAUCGAUGCUGUAAAUGACAAACAUUCAUACACAUAUAAUGAACUGAUAGAUGCAGUAACUAAAGUGGCGAGUGCCCUUACAAAACAAGGUAUGAAGAAAGGCGAUGUCUGCGUCAUAUACAGUCCUAAUAUACCAGAAUAUCCAAUAAUUUAUAUGGCCGUAGCCGCCAUUGGAGGAAUAGUGUCUGCUGCGAAUCCUGUAUAUACCUCAGAGGAGCUUUUGUAUCAAUUGGACCACUCGGGGGCCACUAUGCUUGUUACUGUUCCAAUGUUUGCUGACAAGGCAAGAGAGGCAGCGAAGAACUAUGGUAAAAUAAAGCAAAUGAUUGUGUUUGGAGAGAGUGAAGGGUUCCAGCCAUUCUCUCAACUGAUGGAUGACGACAGGUCAGCGUACACAGAAAACAUUGAGAUAGAUACCAACAAUGACUUACUCGCUCUACCUUAUUCAAGUGGAACUACGGGGCUACCAAAGGGUGUUAUGUUGUCACAUUAUAAUAUCAUCUCCAACAUUGAGCAACUAAGGCAGCCAUACAUGAUGGGCUAUGAUAAUGAAACUUUCCUGGGAGUGCUACCAUUCUUCCAUAUCUAUGGUCAGGUGGUUGUCCUGUUUACUGGCCUUAUCUGUGGCUCAAAGAUUGUCACCAUGCCAAAGUUUGAUCCUCAGGUUUAUCUCAAUAGCAUUGAAAAACACAGGGCAACCAUGCUGCAUAUUAUCCCCCCUCUAGUCUUAUUCUUGACCCAAAGCCCUGAAGUACAUGAUAUUGAUAUAAGCACUGUCAAUGAUGUCUUCUGUGCGGCCGCUCCACUGGGGAAAACUUUAGCAGAAGAUUUCACAGUGAAAAUGAAAUGUGAUAGGUUACGGCAAGGCUAUGGCUUGACCGAAACUAGUCCUGUUACUCAUUGCAACCCCAAGGAAAACUGGGUAAUAUCCUCCAUUGGGGUGCCUGUGCCUAACACAGAUGCUAAGAUUGUGGAUGUAGAGACUGGUGAGAAACUGGGACCUAACCAAGAUGGUGAGCUUUGUGUCCGAGGACCUCAGGUCAUGAAAGGGUACUUAAAGAAUAAAGAGGCAACUGACAAAACCAUCAUCGAUGGAUGGCUACAUACUGGAGACAUUGCCAGGUUUGCAGAUGAUGGCCAUACCUACAUCGUAGACAGACUUAAGGAGCUCAUCAAAUACAAAGGGUUUCAGGUGGCUCCUGCUGAGCUAGAGGACUUGCUAGUGAAACACCCCAGUAUUGCUGAUGCUGCAGUGAUUGGUAUCCCAGAUGAGCGAGCUGGAGAACUCCCUAGAGCUUAUGUAGUGCUCAACCCAGGACAGGAUAUGGACCCUGAUGAAGUCGCCAGUUAUAUAGAACAAAAAGUGGCACCAACUAAGAAACUGAGAGGGGGAGUAGAAAUAGUCAGUGAAAUACCAAAGUCAGCAAGCGGGAAAAUAUUACGUCGCUUCCUCAAAGCUAAUUAUUUAAACAAAGUAUGAAUACAAUUAUGAAAUGGGACCCUUCCAGUGUUUGUAACAGCGAUAAUUUCAAGACAAUGAUCAUUGAAAUAUACAGGGUGAUCAUAAAGUAAGAUGAAUAGCUAGAUUCAUAUAUAUUUACAGUAGUUUCCAUCUUACUUUAGGAACACCCUGUACAUGUAAUAAAGUAGUGGUCUUCUUAGUGAUAUAUUAGUUGACUAACACGUGGUUAUAAAACAAUAAGGAUUUUUAGUCAUUUACUCAGGCUGAUCAAAAGUACUUAUAAUUGAACAUAUUUUUGCAUGGGCUAUUUUAUACACAUAGCCAGUGAUGCACAUUCAUAAUUAUGUAGACUCAUUGUUAAGGAAUACUGUGGUAUUAGAAACGUGAUUUAGAGCCUCUCUUUACCACACAUGCAAUACAAAUCAUAUAUUUUUGUGCAUAUAACACUUUAUUUGGGCAUAUGGUUUAGGAGUAAUAUGGUUACGGAAAUUUGAUUUCGAGCCCCGAUAGAUAUAAUCA